CAAUCAUGCCGGCCCUCUCGGUUCUCCCCGCUGACAUCCUCUUGCACGUCAUCUCCUUUCUCGAUCACAGCGGAGAUGUCUACUCCUUUUCUCUCCUCAGUCCAUCGCUGUUCACGCUCAUCCACAGCAAUGACCUCGUAAAUAAAACCAGAUAUCGCUGUAUCCGCAUCAACUGCACCCCGGACCUGAAAAACGCCUAUACCAUCCUCCUUGACAUCCUGCAUGACUGUAACCUCGCCAGUUAUGUGCGUCACAUCGAGAUGGACCUUCCCGUCCGCUCUCCGCUGAACUACAAGCCGCGGGAAUAUGAUCGCCCUGUUGACGCAGGCGACAUGCAGCGUCUCCGUGCGGCCGCCACCAGAGCCGGCUUUAUCGGUGCUGAACAGGAGAGACUACUCAACAUGGCCAUGCAAGAAACAGACUACACUAAGGACUGGCAGUAUCUCACAUACUACAACACCCAAGAGGAUGCUUACCACGGCAAAUCCACCUUCAUCGGCCAAGCCUUGACGGUCCUCCUCAUAGCAUCCUCCCCCAACCUGACUUCUCUUGCUAUCUCCCCUCCCUUUUGGGAGUACACAUCUUCCCGAUUCAAUGACCCUUCCGAUAACCACCAUUUCGCAGCCAAAAUCGAGAAGUACCCACUAGCCAAGUUCCUCAAACAUGCCAACUCGAGUCAUCUCAUCGAAAAGGGCGAAGGAAAGAUCCCCUACUUGGCUAAUGUUAAGCACUUCCAGAUUCUAACAACAGAAGCCUCUAGCUUCCAUAUUGCGCGGUCCCGUGCUUGCACUCCCCAGGACCUCUGUCUUUGUAUUGAGCUGGUGCGCACCCUUCCCAGUAUCGAAUCUCUGCGGAUGCAGGCUAUUCAGGGGUUCGGGAAUGCCUCUAGCGCUGCACUGGAUGGGUUGCUUCCGCCUUUUUCAGCAAAUAUCUCGCGAUUGGAUCUGAGGGGGUGCGAUUUCAAGUCGGAUCUGUUGUGCAAGGUUAUCUGUUCGAUGAAAUGCUUGAAAGAGUUGAGGUACUCAGUUGUACAGGGGGGCUGCUAUGCCGGCUUUGCAGAGUUCUUUGAUCGGUACAGUUUGAUAGAGGCUAUCCUGAGACAUCGGGCCACGUUGGAAGUGCUCGAUUUGGAAUUUGACGAUCAGCUGUCUCAAUUUGUUGCUGUGAAGCGUGAAAGCGGGUUGCAGGAUGAUGCUGAGAAUAAAAGUGUGUUGAAGGAGUUCAUGUCGCUGAAGAGCUUGAGUCUGGGAGUAAGUUGUCUGUGGUAUAUUGCUACUGGGAUGGGUGAGUUAGGAGAUAUCGUCCUGGUGGAUCAUUUGCCGAUGCAAUUGGAGUAUCUCCGCAUCAGAGGAUACGAGAAGGGACAUACGAAAGCACUGGACAACAUGUUUACUGGGAUGGAGAGCGCGAGGGACAAACACCCUGCUCUGUGGACAGUGCAAGGUGUCAACGAGUAUAUCCCUGUAGGAAAGUGAUUCUGUGACCAGCAUAGUUACCAAAUAGAAUGACAAUAUGAACAUGUACAUAAUGAAACCUUCAUAACCCAG